AUGAAUCCAGGAGAUAAACCCUUCAUAAUAACCUACCUCAUAGGAUAUGCAUUGACAAAUAGUCAUCAUAGCAUAGAUUAUAAAAAAGAAGAAUACAUAGAACUUGAAGAUGUAUUCUCAGAAAUAGAACAUGUCAGAGAUAAACAAUUUUGUGACAUAAAUCCUCAAGAUAGCUCUUGGGCUUUAAACAUAGCCAAAAACAAAAAAGCUUUAGGAGAAAAACUAUCACCUACAAUCUCAAUAGAUUCUUUUCAUAUAGGUGAAAUGUACAAACCUCAGGAACCUACUCUAAGAGAUAUACUCAAAAGCAUAAGAACUCUUAGGUUACUAGAUCUUGUUGAAUAUAAAGGAAAUGAUACAAUAAAGUUAGAAAUCUCUACAUCUAAGGAACUUAAACAACUUUUCCACUUUGAUGAAACGAUUAACAUCAUAGAAGAAACUUCUAUAUACAUUUCAAAAGAAGAGGUACAAUCUCUUUCUUCUAAUAUAGAGCCUAACUUCGGGAUGAAUAAGACCGAAUCACAUUUUGAUCAUCCUGGAGAAUCUUCUUUUCAAGGUGAAAGAAGAAUAAGAGCAAAAAUUGAACAAGGUCAUAGAACUGGCUCUAUGCCAGAUCUUCCUACUGGAAAACCAGACCAGUUCGGAACAAACGUUCUUAAUAUUGACAACAUUGAAACAAAGAGAAAAGAAGUUAUCGAUUGA